UCUUCCUCUCUCAGGAUGAAGAUGAUCUCCCUGCUGCUCCUCAUCCUCAGCUCAUGUCUCUGUGCAACAUUUGUAGUGAAUGUGACCCAGAGCAGCUAUGAGGCAGAGGAGAACCACAGCAUCACUCUGGAGUGGACCUUCACCACCAGGACUCAGGGAUCCUGGAAGAAUCUGUUCAUCUACUGUGAAGCGAACACGGAUCAUGGAGUUUUAGUUCUCUAUCACAUCCAUGAUGGUGUUGAGAUUCCAGAUUCUCAGGAUGAUCAGUUUUCAGGACGAGUCCAGAGUGACAAAGACGUCCUCAGAGAAGGACGAAUCAGACUCCAUGUGUCCAGACUGAGGACUGAAGACUCUGGUCUGUAUCUGUGUGACGUGAAAACUGAAGAUGGAUUCAACACUGUAGAAUGUCGACUCAACGUUACUGCAGCUGCUGAUCAGAUCCAAACUCAGAGACCAACUUUGACUCCAGAACCAGAGAGAGGAAGAUGGAUCAUCAUCUUCAUCCCUCUGGGACUGAUAGCAUUUCUGAUGGUUCUAAUUAUAAUAUUCAUUAUUUGGUUUAGGAACAAUAGACCGAAGAAGAAAACUCAUCAUUUGAUAAAUGUAGUUGAAACACAUAAUACAGAUAAAGGGUUUGUUCACUUGAGUUUGGUUGACAGUCAUUUUGCACAACAAAAAGGUCAUGAUUGUUUCAUUCUGUAAAAUGUACUGUAAUAAUGAUGAUUUUAAUAAUUUCUAAAAUGUUUCUGGAGUCAGACAGACCCAUUGAUCAGUUAUUGUGUCUAAAUGCUGGAUCAGCUGAUUGUUAGUGAGACCAAAGAUUAUUUUUUUAAAUAAAUUAUUUAUGUUUACAUUCAUGAUU